AUGGAGCAAGUUCCAGAAGAGGUUUCGGACAACGACUCUGACACAGCCGGGCCAAAUGCUGACCAAUCUGACGACCAGGAAGAAGGCAACUGGACAAACCAGGCUGAAGGAGAGGCAGUUUACCAGAAUAGUAAUGAAAUAGCUGACCAGGCUGCUGAAGGACUGUCUUAUCAGGAUGAUCCUGAUAUAUAUGGCCAACCUGAAGGAAGAACUCAUCAACAGAUUCAGGCUGACUCGGACCUUACUGACACUGCUGGCUAUAGCGCAUCUGGUAAGGUUAGCCAAACAAUGUCUGGCUUCAACAUAUCUAGCCAAAUUGAUAAUGUACAGUAUGAGCAUGAUCUCAAGAUGUCUGGCCAGGCUGACCAAAUAACUUCUGAACAGACUGAUCACAGAUUGUCCAAUGAAGCUCAUCAAAGACCUUACGAAAAAACUGAUCACAUAUUCUCUGCUGCGCCUGCCAAAAGAAGUUCUGAGAAGACUGACACCAGAUUGUCUACUACUGUGUCUGAUGGAAGAACUUCUGAAAAGAUUGACCACAGAUUGUCUGGUCCAGCUGACCAAAGAACUUCUGGACAGAUUGACCGUAGAGUAUCUGGUCCAGCUGACCGAAAAACUUCUGGACAGAUUGACCAUAGAUUGACUGGUCUAGCUGACCAAAGAAUUUCUUUACAGACUGACCACAGAUUAUCCAGCCGGACUGAUCAAAGAAUUUCUGAACAGGUGGACCACAUAUUGUCUCACCCUGUGGACCAAAGAAUAUCUGUACAGAAUCACCAAGCCACUGAACCAGCUCAACAUGAGGAUGACUAUGAUGAAUCUGACCAUAUUGAGAGUAUAUUAGAUUACCAAGCUAACCGCUUAGUGCACAAACAGGAGAACCACACUGAAGACUAUCUGACUGAUUAUGGAGCACCUAGCCAGUAUGACUACAGAAUGUUUACCCAGGUUGAGGAUAGAAAGAAGGAUGAAGAGGAUGACUACAGAGUACAACCCUGCAAAUUUGAGGAUAGCCAAAAAGACCUCAAUAAUUUCGGUUUUUUAAUUGCAGUAGGAGCUGAAACUCAAACUUCAACCUUUCUUCAAAACUACAAGCCAUUUGAUACCAGAUUAACCAGUGAUUUCCAAACAAAAGACCAAGACCUUUCCCAAAUAUUUCCCUCUGUCCCACCUAAAUUGGACUAUACCCUUGGUGAAGAAACCAAGCCUGAUUAUGUUUCACAAUUUGAGCAAGAAAAGAGUUUUUAUGAACACAAGCAAACUUAUAAGAAGUUUCCCUCUAUAGUGUAUGAAGAUCCUUAUCAACUUGCACUCCAAUAUAUGGAAAAGCACAGUAUUCUGCAAAUAUUCCAGAUCACUGAAGACUUAGUCUGUGAAAAGCCAGAAGACCCCCUGCAUUUUAUGCUGUGCCAGCCCUGA